GUUGUUAAAAACAUCUCUCUUCUUCGUUUUUUGUUUAACUUGUCAAGGGUUUUUCUUCUCGAGGAUGCAGAAGUUUGACCUAGUUAGGGAGAAUCUAUACCUCGGUGAUAUUUGCGCUGCCGCUGAGAUUCUCAAGAAUGGUAGCUCUGAGAUUUCACACGUUCUUACAGUUUUGCACUGCCCUUCCAUAUCCGUCUUCGAGGAAUGGCGCAACGUGAAACUAGACUCAAAAGAAAUCAAGGAAGUGUAUGUUGCUGUUGGUGAUGAUCAAGACUCAUUACAAGGCAAAGAGUUUGCGACAGAGAGCGCGUUGCCAUCAGGCAAUCUUCUGUAUUCGCUUGAACAUACUGGGAAAGAUCUCAAGUUUACAAGAAUGGUUGUCUUUGCUUACGAUCAAGAAUGGGAGAAUCUGCUUGAUCUUAUCGAUAUUUGUUUGGAUUUUAUCGAUGCUGGCCGCAAAGAGAAAGGCGUUUUAGUUCAUUGCUUUGCUGGACAAUCUCGGAGUGCUUCUAUAGAGAGGACUGAAAAGCUUUCCAGUGAAGAAGCUUUGGUAUCGUUGAGACAACGCGCUCAAGCUAGUCCCAAUCCUGGCUUCUUAAAACAGCUGGAUUUGUUUGAGAGAAUGAACUUCAAAGUCGACCGUUCCAGCCCUAUUUACAAGUAUUUUCGUCUAAAAGCUUUAGGUUACUUAUAUAGCAAGGAUAAGAAAUUUGACAGAUUAAAGUUGAGGGCUGAUCCGGGAAUUUCGAAUGAGAGGAGUAGCCGUAGUAGUACAUACGAGUGCAAGAAAUGCAAGAGAGUUUUGUUAUUUCAGGAGCAAGUCAUUGAUCACACUCCAGGUGAAGCUGAUUCAGAGUUUGACGACAUGUUCAAAAACAUGAUAGGAGAGGUUCACAAGAAUCCUGGUGAUCAUCAGAACCAGUGUACUUCUAUAUUCGUAGAGCCUCUCAGUUGGAUGAAUUCAGCUAUGGAAAAUGAUGUGUCGGAAGGGAAGUUAUCGUGUCCAAAAUGUCAAGCUAAAGUUGGAAGCUUUGACUGGUCGGGAAGUUAUUGUAGCUGUGGAAGCAAGAUUGUUCCGGCGUUUCAACUUCAGAUGAACCGCGUCGAUGUUAUUACUACUGUAAGAGACACACGGAGGUGGUGUUUGAUCACUCAGCAGGAGACACAGUAUGUUCUGAGUGUGGACUUGUGCUCGAGUCUCACUCCAUUGAUGAGACCUCUGAGUGGAGAACUUUCGCUAAAUGAGUCUGGUGGCAAUGAUCCCGUUCGUGUUGGUCCUCUUCUCGCUGAUGGUGGUCUCACCACUGUCAUUUCUAAGCCUAAUGGCUCUUCCGGCGACUUUCUUUUCCCUUCUCUUGGUCGUUGGCAGAAUCGUGGAUCUAACCCUGAUGGCUGAUAGGUAUUGUUCUAAUUUCUAAGCCCUUUUCUUAGAAGAUUUUCAAAAUCUGGUUUUGGGUAACGGCUCUAAUUCGCAGCUCAAUUCUGUUUUUGAGCUGACAUUGUUGCCUCAAAAUCACAACUUUUGUUUUGUAAUCGACAAGUGUGAGAAUUUAAGCUUUUCACUAUCUGGAAAAAUGAAAGCUUGCAACUUUU